ACAAUUUCCUACGUCGUUCCCGAUACAUCAGCCACAUUUUGACUCAGGAGAGGGAGGUUCUUUUAGCCAGUUACUUGGGUUCAUGGCCUCAGAUGCCGGCCAAGCACAAUAUAACCACCAGGCCGACUUCCUGGCGGGUAGGUACUCGUUUGACGCGAGGUAUCCAUUUUAUACCUACUCAGGUGCUUCUGGAGGGUUCGUAUCUAGUGAUUCUAGUAGGAGUGACGGUGGUCGAGGAGUUCUGAAUAGUCAAAAUCCGAACCGUUUAUCAAUGACUAUGAUUGAAGAAAAUGCUAAGACUUUUGAGCAUGAGACUGCUGAGUACUUAGUGGAUGAGCCAGAUGACGAGGAAGACGAAGACGAUGAGGAUGAGGACAUGGAUGAGGAAGAUGACGAGGACGUGGACCAGGAUGAAGAAUCCCGUAAUGCCUCAGGUGACACCUGCACUCCAGGUGAGACAGGCAAAGGCUACAAUCUCAGGAUUGAUCCACCACGUCGUAGCGCUAGUCGAUACACUCCGUCCGUGAUAAAAAAGGCCGCAAAGAAAUGCAAGAACAUUGUGAACUUUGGAAAAAUUAUUUGCUUACUUUACUGUUACCAGUUUUUGUGGGUUGCAUAUUCUGGUGAUCGUGUUGAUCCGGACAUAAUUCCUGCUAAGAUCUACAUGCACUCAUUGAUUUGGAGUGCAACGGUGCCACUGUGGACAAACAGGUAUAAUCACGUUCUUACUGAUGAACCCAUGAUGCCACAACAGCCAUUAGAUACUUAUAUGUACUGGUACCGUUCAAAGUAUGGUGAUCACUUGAACUUGUCGGAUCUUGCGGUCUAA